AUGACGUUUGACAUCAUAGAGGCGUGCAACUGUAUGCGGAAAGCUCAGGACAACUGCGGAUUCCAGUUGGCGACAUCUCGACGUGAAGCACAAACGCGGUUAGGAUACAUCCUCGAUGAUCCUGACUUUGGACGAGUGGCGUACACUAUUUCUAUUCUCCUCAUGUUCUCACUACUCAUACUUCUUCUGAUGAUAAGAUCGAUAAAAAGAUCUUCAUCUACGAUUCAAAUGGAUGCUCUGCUUGAUGCCAUGCGUUUUCGUGAGGAGCUCGAUCUGCAAGAAAGACAAAGACGACGACUCAUGAAGGCGAAAACUAAAGUGACAGCAUGGCUAUUACGAACGAAUGGAGGUGAGAUGCGUGCAUGGAGAAGCAGUCCUGCCCUGAUCCAACAACGGAGAGGGACGGUCAGUUCGACGAUUUCGGAGAUUCCACGCGUCGUAGUUACAGCAGUUGGAGAAGGAAUGGGUGAAAGGCCAAAGACCCCGUGUUUGUCACUUUUGUACGAUUUCACGGAAGAACAAAACGAGCAUUCGCCAUCGCUUCCUAGAUGUUCUAUAGGUGCAAACGCACCCGCUGAGACCGCUGAGGACAAUAGUAAGGACGUCUUCUAUGAUGAAAUCGAUGUGUUGAUGUCUAAAAUACCAAGCCAGCAGGUCAUCGUUGUCGGAAUCGACGCAAAUGCGAAGAUGGGGCUUGAACAACAAACUGAUGUGCUAGGAAAAUGGUUUCAUCCAGAGCCAGAAAAAGCGUCUGAGAACGAAGUUGCGUCGCUGCAAAAAGACAGCGAAAACGAACGGACGUCAGGAGCGAAAGAGUUUGAAAAGCGGCAAAAUGAAAAGAUGUUAUUCGAGUUCUCAACACUGAACGGAGUGACUAUCGGUGAACCAACCCUUCCAAUCUGGAACUACCACUUCAAGACCCUGCUGAACCGGCAAGUGCUGUCAGUUCCUGAACUCGAGCACGUAGAUAGACCGAAAUGUGCGGUUAACAUGAAAGCACCGACCAAGUCGGAGGUUCUGGACCACAUCCUAAAGAUGGGAAAUCUGGUAAAGACAACGGGAUUAGAAAUGUUGAAAUAUCUUCCUCCGUCAGAGAUUCGUGAAAUCCUCGGUACAAUAUGA